AAAUAUAAAAACAAGCAGAUCUCUCACUCGCUUGCUGUUGCUGCUUCUGCUCUCUGCAAAGUCACUGUCUUCCUAUUUAUGUUGCAUCAAUCCUUCCUCUUUCUCCAUCUUCACAGCUCAUUCCUCCAUAUUUGGCCACUCAGACGGUUAUUGCACCCAGUCCUUUCUUCACCUACUCCCUCGGCCCAGUCCCUGGCUUCAUCAUUUGCCCUUCUUUUCCUGCUCCUCUCUCUCUCUCCCCAUUUUCUCGGACCCCUCCUCUGCCCUUAAUUUAGCAUCACUCACUAGUUUUUGUGCCCACAGUAACAUGUCUUUUUAUGCAGUUUCCUCCCGGUGGAUUAUGCAUCACUCCGAAUUGACGUUCAUUUCUUUGCAUCCUCGUGAUGGCCUAGUUGUUUGAAGUGACAUUCCAGUUUGUUCCCAUAUCUACUCCUAUUUUUCUCCCAGUUCCUCCGAGUUGUCGCGAGCUUUUCGGUGAAAUCCCGUAAGAGGGAAUAACUUAUUGUUUGCAGUUUUGUAUGGUAUAUCUUUAAAGAGAGAUAUCGAAUAACAGAGCAUAGAAGUGAAGGUAAUUCCAAUGGAGUGGUACCCAAAAGAGUCAGUACGGGAUCCGCUGAGAGAUCAGCCGAACACUGGAGAACGCCCGGUGGAGAAAUCAAUGUCAGCUGCGGGAGCAGAGAUGUCGAAUUCAAAAUCAUCACCGUGCGGCGGGGCAUCGAAGAGGAAGCGCGUGUACCACAAGUCGCCGGAGAGGGUGAAGUGUUCGGUCGACGGAUGCAACUUUGACCUGAGGAAUUGCACGGAGUAUCACCGGCGGCACAGGGUGUGUCAACCUCACUCCAAGACAUCUCUUGUGCUGGUGAAGGGACAGGAACAGAGAUUCUGCCAGCAAUGCAGCAGAUUUCAGUCGCUGGAUGAGUUCGACGGCUUCAAGAGGAGCUGCAGGAGACGUUUAGAGGGCCAUAAUAAGCGCAGAAGGAAAUCUCGUCCCCCACCUAUUGGAUUCUCUGCUCAUUACAGAGGACCCAGAAUGCUGAAAUUUGGAAAUCCCACUGCCAACGAUCCUUACGCGAAGAUGUGGAGUGCUCAACAUGGGAGCUACCAUAAUCGUUACCCACCAAUUCUGCCAAAGAUUGAGAUUGAGCAACAGAGUGUGGAAGGUCGUGCCUUUGCCAAUACAGGGAAGAUGAAGGAGAAGCAGGUGAUCAGUGGGGAUUGGUACAAUAACCACACGGUGGCGCCAGAAGAAGCUGGAAUGGGAAGUAGUAGGAGCCAGAAGAUGAUGCCUUGGGAUUCUGCUCUCUAUCUUCUGUCAGCACAAAGUUCGCCGGAGUUCAGUAUGGUGGAGUCAAGCAUAGAGUGUCCAAUUCAAUCGCAACCUCCAUGGGAAGAACGUGUUCAAUUGGAAGAUGACGAUGGAACUCCAAACUGUUCGUGUUCAAGGAGUGUGACCAGCGGUCCCAGAUUGGGUCUGGACGGUAACGCCACCAACUUUGAUCACAAUGGGAUGCUUCAAAUGGAGCCCCAGGUGAUCGGAAACGAUGGAGGCUCCGCCACUUUGCCUUUUUCCUGGGAGUGACGAAGCUGGAGAUAAUUUUAUUCAGACUUGUUAAUUAGAAUUGUAUGUUUCGGUUUCUUUAAUUAUUGGCCUACUCUACUUCAAAAUCGGGCCUUGAAUUGUGUACAUUUAUUUUUGCCAACGACGGUCAAUUUGUCUGACGACCAUAAACAAAAUUCCACGGGUUGGAGUUAAUAAUGAGUUCGAAUUUGGGAAGGUAAGUGUUAUGGUUAUGAGACAACCGUAAUAUUCCAUUUUAUUUUCAACUUGUUAUGAAAAAGAGUGGUGGUCGGAAAUUUAGGUGUG